GAAAGGCGCUCGACGCGUCUCAGAGUAAGAGUGUGAAGCUACACGAACGCUGUGGUUCGCGUUGGUCGCGAGCUGGAGAGAAAGUGGUUACAGAACAUGUCUUCCUCAUCUCCAAAUAAACUAGCCAAGCAACUCUCUAAGAAAAGCAGGAAGAAGGAAAAACUAAGUAAAAAUAAACAAAUAGUGGAUGAUUCGGAUCUGACCACUGAUACUGAAUACGACCACAUGGAGAAGCAUGAUGAAGAGCUUUUGGAGUCACUACAGGUUGAGUUACGAGAAUGGACACUUAGUCAACCCCACUUUGUUAACCCUAGAAUAGAUCAGCCGUUUCUACGACGAUUUCUGCAUCAUCGGAAUAACAGUCUCCAACAAGCAAAGGAAGUCCUAGAAAAAUACUUCAAGGUUCGAACCAAUUUUCCACACUGUUACCAACGGCUAGACAUUACAGAUCCAACUUUAUAUGACCUUAUGUCGAAUGGAUAUGUUUUUCCACUUCCGGAAAAAGACAAAGAUGGCCGCACUGUAGUGUUCGGUAUUGCAGGAAAGCUUGAUCCAAAACGACAUUCCCCUAGCGACCUCUUCAGGGCGUUUGUGAUAACAUUUGAAACGCUUCUAGAAGACGAAGAUAAUCAACGGAAAGGCUUUACUUACGUGUUUGACCAAAGUGACUUCUCUCUAGCUCACUUCACGUUUGUAGGUUUAAGAGAAACUCAACGGCUUCUGUCAACAGGAGAAAAAGCUAUGCCGAUGCGUCACAGAAAAAUCCAUUGGUUCAACAUGCCAACCUGCCUUCUUUUCAUUUACGAUCUCUUCAAGGGUCUUAUUAAGGAUAAAUUCCAGAAGAGGAUGGUUGUCCACUGGACAUUAGAUUCUCUUCAACAACACAUUCCUGUAAAGAUCCUCCCAAAAGAAUAUGGUGGCCAGUUCACAGUCCGAGAACUUGCCGCUAGGUGGGUAGAAAAAUUGCAAGAACGAAGAGAACAUCUUCUUUCACUUGAUCACAUGUUAUAUGAUGAAACAAAGAAACCCAAGGAAAAGAAAGAAUCUUCCGAAUCUAUUUUCAGUUUCAUUGGAAGACUCGCUUGGAUGGAUGCUUACUGACAUACACUAUAACUUUAAGAAACGUUUUCUUCAAUAAUCAUUUGGUUAAUUAUGUUGAGUAUAAAUUUAACAAACACAUGGUAAGCACUGUUACACUUUUUCUCUCUCUCUCUCUCUCUUUGAAAAUAAAAGACUAAUCGAGGGCCAUAUAAAAUACCUCAUAAAGUAACAGAUGCUCAUCUUCAUUACCAAUACAUUAGUAUUUAAAUACUUUUUUAGUAAUAACUUAUGAUUAGUCAUAUCUAAAUGGUAAAUGUAUCAACCCAUAAUUAACUUUAGCAGUGAUGGAGGUUUCACCAAAGGGUUUCUUCAAGGAGUCUCUUAUUAGCAGGUACAAGUACUUAAAGCAAAUGUCAGAAAUUGUGGUCAUUAUUGCACAAAGAUUGAAUGAAUAUCAGUCACAGAUGUGUCUCAAGAGUAUCCAGUGUUAAAAAUAACUAAUUAAGGUCAAUUUGUCAGAAAAUAUAACAAGACUAGCAUGCUAUGGUCCUGUUUCACAAAACAAGGUUGUAAAAAUGAUAUUAAUGUUAUGUUGAAACUGCAGAUCAUUUUAUAUAAAUACUUUACCUGAAAAUAUCACCCACCUGAUGACAAGAAACCUACCUGGAGACAAUAAAGUUUGAAAAUGGCUUGAAUGGAUAAUGAAAAACUUUAUUACAAGUUUAAUAUAGUAAUCACAUUAAAACUUGUAAUAAAAUUUUAUUUAUUACCCAUUAAUAAGUUAACAAUGUUGAGUUCAACACUACCCAGUAUCAAUACAGAUGUUACCUAUCUUUAAAGUCCAAUUGAUAUUAAAACUGGACACACACAGUUUUACUGGGAAGCCCCAAAGCACAAAAUUCUCAUACUACGAUCACACAACCAAGAAAACUGCCCUUUGAAAAUUCUGGUUUUUAGGCUGAAUUUAGGCUUAACGUCACACACAUAAAAUACUGUAAUAAUAGUUGCUAGAAUACCAAACACUCAAAUUUGUUACAUUCUAUUUAUCACAUGCUAUUUCUAGUUUUGCCAAAAAUUCAGUUUACAACUAUGCAAAGCAAAUUCAUGAGAUAAGUAAGAGGUGUCAUGAAAGAAACUGGACCACUUACAUGAAAUGUUAAAAUUGAUGAAUGGAUUUACUGUCAUCCCAUAACCUUUUAAAUAUUACACAUUCAAAUCUCAUCUGACAUACCAAUUUUAAUUUUUUGGAAAUUAUAAAGUGUGUGGUGAACUUUAGUUGGGAUUUUAACAAUGGUUUUGGAAUGUACCCUUUAGUGAUGAGUACUAUAAAGUGAUGGUAGGAAUAUAUAUAUAUAUAAAUAAGACUUCUUAUGUACUGAUUUUAUACUUCUUCAAACAUUUAUCAGUACAUUUGUGAUCCCAGUAUACUAAAUUUACAUAAACGGCAUGUUUCAUAAAUCAUUAUUACAGAAAAUUUUGAAGAUGCAUUACCUCACUAUGUGUGAUUUUUUCUUAAUAUAAUACAUCAGAAUAUGUUUUUUUGUUAAGUUUUAACAUGGAACAACUCAUAUCUCUAAGAAUAUGCUAAAUUUUCUACCAUAAGAAAAGCUACACCAGCAGUUCCCUACCUUUUGCACAGGUUGGCAAAAUCUUUGUAAAGAGCUUACAGAUUGUUGGGGGUAUACAGGCUUAUACUACACUCUAUGACACAUAAAUAUAAAGUAUACAAAACAUAUAUAGUUAUAUAUGGAAUUUUAAAAGCAAGUUUUUAAAAGAUUUACUAUUUCAAUAAUAUGAAUAUUUAUUUAGAAAGAAUUGCACAUUCAAUGGAUGUUUCUGUAGAACAGUGGUUGGGAACUGCUGGUCUACACCACUAUCUAUCCUUCAAUAUAAACCUCUUAUCAUUUUAUAUUUCUACUCUGAAAAUGAAUAUCAAAUAUCUAUUGUUCUUUAAUAUCAAAGUAAAAAUUUUGAUUGCCCAUAAUCUCUUAUGAGAAUGAUAUUAAUCUAAGUAACCAAACAACAAGAAAAUGAACAGGUUUUGUUUCUGUUGAUUUGUCACUUGUUUUCUAAAGAACUGUUGAGCAGCAAUGCUUAUGACAUUUUUUUUUAAUUUGUAUGAUUAAACCAAAAUAAACAUGUACUUUCAAUUUUCUAUGAAAUUAAGAAUACUUUUUAAUUAACACAGGAUCUUUCUUUCAACCAGAGGUGCCUAGGUGGCAGGGCUCAGAUGUAAAAAAAAAAAAUCAGGAUUAAUCCGAUUUUGGUUGAACUUAUUCCAAUUUACAGUUUACAAACUGGACAAAAAUUGACCAAGUUAUGACUGACCACAUCAUCACAAAAAAAUCAUAGUUAAUAACAGUAUUUGUUGUUUAACUGAUGGUCCUGCUACAUGAGCCUUCUUCUUUGCCCAUCAUUACAUUAUUUUUUCAGAACAGACCCCAACAGAUAGCUCCAAGCUUCACUGACCAUAAUCAGAACUUUGGUACUUUUCAGCAUGUCAUCAUCAAUCAUUAUUCCCUUGAUUACCUGCAUGUGCAAGUUUCCAAGAUGUUCAACUCACAACCUGUGCAACUGCUGUGGAUGCUAUCAAGAUGGACUUUUUGACAGGCCUUAUUGAGGCAAGUUUAUCUAACAAGCCCAAAGAUGCUGUGAUGUCACUCAAAAAUAGGUUUCCAGACUUUUCAAUGGUGUAUGCAACACCUCCAAGAAACAAUUAUUGAAAUUUCUUGUUUCUUGCCCUGCUACCCAAAAACAUUUCUUUGUCUCUGGUGGGGUGGAAAUAUCCUGUGUUAAUAAAACCAGUAAGAAUCAGUCAAUUUACUGUUCCAACUAAGGGAAGUUGUAUUUUAAGAGAUCUUAGAAGUACAUAUAAGAGAUACAACAAUUACUAUGUUCAGUAUCAAUUAUUUUUGUUUCCUAUUUCUGUUGGUGCUUGAAAAUAUUAGCCUGAAAAGGCCAAAACAGAAUCCUAUAAAAGAAGUAAUGUUUUAGA